GUUAGGCCGAAUGAAGAGAAACCGACUGCUAAGGAUCUUACAAAACUAUUAGACGAAAACCUGGGCGAAAUAACUGCGGGUGGCAACCUAAACCUGAGACUGUCUUUUGUAUCAAGUUUUGCCCAAGCAUUAAACGAAAAAGAUACUGAAGAGGAAAGUGAUGAAGAUAUCGAGGCAAACAAAGAGGUAAUAACGUUCUUUUUGAUGUUCUGUUAUCUGUGGUACAGUACCGGGGGAGGGGCACUUGGGUAUUUUUUGGGUGGGUAUGUGCCGCCCGGGACUCCAAAUUGGCACCCCGUUCUAGAAAAAAUUUCCCCUAAAAUUGAUACCCCGUUCUAGAAAUAGGCCAAUUUUUUAUACCCCGUUCUAGAAUUCGCCCUAAAACUAACACCCCGUUCUNACGACUCCAUUGUCUCGCAAUUCCUCGAAAAGACUUGAGCGGAAAGAAAACCAAAUCAAAUAUAGAAAUAUGACCAGAAAGUCCCGGUGUCAUGUUAGAAUUUUAAUAUGUCAAGCGUGGCCUAUUACCCAAGACGUUUCCCGAGAAAGAGCUUUGAUCUUUCUUUAACAGGUUAGGCCGAAUGAAGAGAAACCGACUGCUAAGGAUCUUACAAAACUAUUAGACGAAAACCUGGGCGAAAUAACUGCGGGUGGCAACCUAAACCUGAGACUGUCUUUUGUAUCAAGUUUUGCCCAAGCAUUAAACGAAAAAGAUACUGAAGAGGAAAGUGAUGAAGAUAUCGAGGCAAACAAAGAGGUAAUAACGUUCUUUUUGAUGUUCUGUUAUCUGUGGUACAGUACCGGGGGAGGGGCACUUGGGUAUUUUUUGGGUGGGUAUGUGCCGCCCGGGACUCCAAAUUGGCACCCCGUUCUAGAAAAAAUUUCCCCUAAAAUUGAUACCCCGUUCUAGAAAUAGGCCAAUUUUUUAUACCCCGUUCUAGAAUUCGCCCUAAAACUAACACCCCGUUCUAGAAAUGGGCCAAUUUUUUAUACUCCGUUCUAGGGUGCAACAAAAGUACAACGGAUUGCUUGUUAACGCACUGAGCCGUAUUUUUAAAAGCAAUCUGUCCUUGAAUGCUUUCAAAUGACUGCUUACAAAAGUGGAGAGCUUUCGUGCGUUCGAAAUAUUAUACCCCGUUCUAGAAACCGCGUCUGAAAUGGAUACCCCGUUCUAAACCAGGAGCUUCAAAAUCACGACCCCUUUGGGUGGCACAUACCCGUAUAGGUAAUGUAUGGGAGUACCCCCCCCCCCCCCGGGGGGACCAGUCCCCCCGCCCCCUUCACGCCCCGCCCCGCCCCAGGACCCUUCAAAAUGGCGGCCAAAAGGGUUAUGGGAGGGACGAAAAAAAAUUAUCAUCUUUAUCGGGAAAAACUGGAGGUGGGAAGGGUGGGGUGGGGGGAAAGGGGGGAGCUUGUGUGAUUUCUAAAUAUUUACCCCCCUUCGAAAAAACGCCUCUGAAAUGGGUGCCCCCUUUAAAAACGGAAGCUUCAAAAAACGGCCCCCCUGGGGGGGCACAAACCCGUAAAGGGAAUGAUGGGGGGUACCCCCCCCCCCCCCCGGGGGUACAGUCCGCCUGCCAGCUUGACGUCACGUCUCGCGUCAGUGACUUUCAAAAUGGCGCGCAAAGUGUUUAUGGAAGGGACAGAUAAAAAUUUCGAUGUUAUCACGGAAAUACUGUUCCGAUUUCUUGGAUUUGGAGAUUUUAAGGUUUCUAUUGUCAUAGAAGACUAGACUUAAGUGCUUUUUUGGAAUGAAAUGUCCAGUGGCGUAAUGAAUUUUAAAGAUUCCCAGUUCUAUCGUCGAGCAAAUUUUACGGGCAAUCAUACAGACGGGCACACUUUUGUGGGCCAGUGCACAGCAAGAUUAAGGAGUAGAAGGUUCAUCAAAGGAUGUAUAUAUUAUAGUUUACAUUGUGCGUAUUUUCAGCUCUUCAGAGCUAGUGGAACGCCAUAUCAUUCCUCUCAAAGUUCGCUUAGUUGUAGCGUUGAAAGAGGAAGCUAAAUGACAGGUAUUUGUGAGUGAAUCUUAUUGCUUUAUCGCAUUUUAAUACUGUAUUGGGCAUACACCUGUAAUUCUGUAAUUAAAUCCCGAAAACCAAUAAAAGGUUGGGUUUAAUUAUUUUUGGGGGGCAAACUCAGUGGAGAUUUUAGGCUAAUAAUUAAAAAAUUAAUUUUGUCAUAUCAAAACAAUUUUUCUCUGCCAUAGACGCUGUUUGAAGCUGGUGGAGCGGUAUUUAUCAUGAAUUCAAAUAUACAUUUGAGGAAAAUUUUCUUAAACGCGUCUUUCAAAGCUAUUUCGCAUUAUUUCGGGUUCAACAGGCCGACUCGAUGUAGAUAAUCGAUCGAACAAGUUUUACUGAAUUUGGUAGAGGAUUAGGAGAUCAACAGAGGCCCACACUCUUAAGGAAUGAUAUGAAGUUAGGCCCAUUUAAUUAGCAAAAGAAUAGAUGAAAUAUAAACAUGCGUGAUCUGAGAAUGGAACCUGCGAUUCUGGAGACUAGACCUUGCCUAUUUUAGAGAAAAAAAAGAUUUAAGUUUUGGUGACCUUGCCGGUCCGGUGAAAUAGAUGGUGUCCCGCAACACUCCACGCAAAACAAAUUAACAAAAUUAUACAGUCAUGGACACAAAAUAUCAAAACGGGUUUAAACAAGCAGAUUAUAGCAACACCAAAGCUCACACACAUUCGAUCAAAUAAGUGAUAUAUAGCGAUAUUUGCUAGCUUCUUAGCUUUUCCUUGACCUCGCUCGUCCAAAUAAAUGUCGUAUUCCUUGCUAAUUUGCACAAGCGACCGGAGGCUCUUGCCCGUUACUAUGUGACGUCAUACUGGCAGGCGGAGUGGGUCAAGAAACUUAGGUGGAAAACAAUAGAGUUGCCUCCCCCCCUCCCCUCCCCUGGUUUUACUAUAUAAAGUAUGUUUGGUUUUUCAUAGCGUACUAGUUUCCCACGGGUUAGUUUACAUUUUUGCACUUUAAGGUAAACCCUUCGUUUCCAGUCGGAUAUAUCCAACUAGCCAAUUUUUGAUUUCAUGGACAUUGGUUGGUAUAAUAAUUCUUCUUUAUUCUUUAAUUCUUUAUUGAUAAAUAAGUACACAAGUAAGCUUUGCAAAACUACUGCGGGUGUUUACUGUAGGUCUUAAGUGUCUUUUGGAGAUUUGGAGAUGAAGUAAUUAUUUUAUUUUUGCCUUUUUCAGUUUGUUGACAAGCUUGUUUCUAUUGCACUUGACAAUACUGUUGUCAAAAAGGAUAUGAACUUAGCUGAUGUGACUCAACUGUUCGGGACUCUCAGCGUUGCUACUUCCGUAGCCAAACAGAAUUCUCCCUAUGUGAUCGUAAGUAAAGUCAAAAAAUAG